AUGACAGCCCAACUCAAAGGCAUCGACGUCUUUAUUGUCUGCUGCUUACUGGACGAGGUUGCCCUUGCCAAUGCAGCCAAGAAGGCAGGAAUAAAGCGUUACGUUCCAUGCUUUUAUGCUUCGGUGAUGCCCAGGGGCGUCCAGACCUUGCGCGACAACAAGGAGGUCAUACUAGACCAUAUUCAAAGACUGCACCUUUCUUAUACCGUCAUCGACGUCGGUUGGUGGUACCAGAUCAGCCUCCCCCGUCUGCCAUCCGGCCGCAUUGAUCGAAACCUCUUUCUUUACAAUAGUGCUAUUGGGGGCGAUGGUGACGUACCUUCGGCCAGGACCGACUCCCGCGAUGUUGGCGUGUAUGUUGCUCGCAUCAUCGCCGACCCUAGGACCCUUAAUCAGAAGGUCUUUGCCUAUACCGACCUCCGCACUCAGCGCGAGCUAUAUGAUACAGUUGAGAAACUCAGCGGCGAGAAGAUUGAAAGGAAAUAUCGCACCGCUGAUGAAAUUGACGAUGGUAUCGCCAGGACUAAAGACGAUCCGUACAAGAUGAUGGAUUACUACCAGUUCACCUACCAAAAGUCAUUUGACAUUAUGGGAGAAAAUACACCCGAAUACGCCCGCUACCUAGGCUAUCAAAUCGGCAAGGACCUCUACCCCGACCUGGAAGGAAUCUCUUUUGAAGAUUUCUUCAAAGAGACGCUGGAAACUGGCCUGAAGCCCAUGUAUGAGGAGCAUGCUGAUUUUCUGCGGGAAUCCAGCUCUUUCGUUUUCAAGGGUUAA